AUGGCAACUCACGUUAUGACCCACGACCCCGCCCCCGCCCCGACCGGCACGGCCGCACCCGGCAACCACCGAAUCUCCGUCUACGGCCAACCCUCACCCACCAACUCGUCCACUCCCACACCCGCGAAUAACUCUCCGCUCCCCGCGUCUCACCACCGCCGCCCUCCAUCGGGCCCUCUCUACGUCCCAGCCUGCUCGGCCCGCACCGAACGUCCUCAAAAGUCCUCGCCCAUCACCCCUCCGCGCAGUGUGCACGGUUCUCUCGACAGCCUGAACGAAGACACCGAACCCAUCAGUCAUCGCUCCACCAUGGAGAGCAAGUCCAGCGGCAUCAGCAAGGUCGCUGAGCACGAGUGGAUGAAGACCGAGCACUUGGGCGUGGUUGCGGGCAUGCCAACCCGCGGUCACUGGAAGGCUGUCCCACCAUGUUUUAACGGUCCUGUGCUAGCCCCUUUCUCUCGCUCUCCGCUCCAGGCUGACGCUGCUUCUUCGAGCUGUGAUUCGCCCACUUGCCACUCUUCGUUCGGCCUCUUCACCUGCCGCCAUCACUGCCUUCACUGCGGCCAUUGCUGUACUGCAACCACACCCCCUCAUCUCGGCCUCUCGAUCAGAAUGCCCGCUUCCACCCCGAUGGAGUUCUCUAGCGGAAGCUUGAGAUCUCUGCUGGAGUGCCUACCAACGCUGGGAAGGGACUCGCGCCGAUCGCCUGAACAAGAUUCAGAAGGCUCGAUCGACGCCAAGAGCGACGAGGCCACUCAGCCCGCCGAGGAUCUCGAGUCCAGUGAUACUCGGGCCGAGACGGCUCUCAAGGCUAACCUCGGCCAGACAGCCGGCAAUAGCUACCAGUGUUCCCCGUACUGGAACUGGAGCACCUUUUAA